AUGAAGCUUCCCCCUCUUCUGACCUCCUUACUUUGCCUCCUGGUAGCCCUGGCUCACGGGAACCUGGUCCAGUUCGGGGUGAUGAUCGAGAGGAUGACGGGGAAGCCUGCACUGGAGUACAACGACUAUGGCUGCUACUGUGGCGUUGGCGGCUCCCACUGGCCAGUGGACCAGACAGACUGGUGCUGCCACGCCCAUGACUGCUGCUAUGAGCGUCUGGAGAAGCUAGGCUGUGAACCCAAAAUGGAAAGAUAUCUUUUCUCUGUCAGCAGGCACAGCAUCUUCUGUGCAGGCAGAACUACCUGCCAACGACAGACCUGUGAGUGUGACAAGAGGGCUGCGCUCUGCUUUCGCCGCAACCUGGCCACCUACAACCGCAAAUAUGCCCAUUACCCCAACAAGCUGUGCACUGGACCCACCCCCCCCUCCUAA